UCUUUGUGUUUUCUGCAAUCUCAUGAGCUUAUCUCUCAAAUCUUGAAGUGAUUUCUGGGCCUUAAACCCUCUUGUGGAUCAAUCACUGUUCAUUUUAAUCCCAGUUUUCUCGCUUCUCAUAAAAACCAAAUCUUUUACUGCUUUCCCGGUAUUUCAGCUCCUUCCAUCUUCUUCCUCUUCUUCUCCAAUUCGAUUCCGAACCCAUCACGGAGUCGAAUUGAAGCUUUUCCAUAUAAACACUAUUCACUGUAUUCAGAUUUAGUCAAAAUGCAGACCAUUUGUGGAGGGUGACCGCCAUUAAAGCUCUGAAUUUUUCUUUCACCUACUUGCGUUUUGGGGUUGGUGCAAAAGCCAUUUUGGUCAUUUAGUGUGAUUGAAUGAUGGGAUUCUUCGAGAGUGUUCGUUUCUCACGUGCUUUUUGGUGGUUGAUUGUUGGUCUCAAUUUGCGUUUCAUUGUGGGGUUUUGAGGUGCAUGGUGUUUUCUGGUGUUCUUGCCCCAAAUUGCUGUAGAAACCCCUGAAAGAUUCUGCAUUGGAGCCGAGAUCAGGUGGUUUGGUAAUCAGGGUGCUUAGUUUUUGGAUAGUUUGGAGAGGAAGGAGUGAGUGUUCUGGGUUUAAGUGUUGAAUUUGAUUCGUGCUGAUUGUGUGUUUAUGGAGCGGAAUCAUGGGUUUUGAGUCCUUUUGAGCAAGGAAGAUUCCCAGUCUUAAAGUUCUUUGAGGUUUUGAGAGAGCUUGUAUAACAAGGAACCCAAAAGGGAAAAGGAGAAUCUUGAUUUUGCAACGGCUGAAACCUUGAAAGCCGCUUUCUUUACACUCAGAAGACAUAGACUCUAGCAAGUUCCCGUUGUUCCUAUUUAUUUGGAGAUUCAUAAGUUUGAUGGCAUUGCAGCUUAGUUUUUAGAAAUCUAUUGCACAUUUCAGUUACCAUAUCUUUGGAUCCAAGGUGUUGUUUAUCCGGGUGUUCAGUUAGUUCUCUGGGAAUUCGGGUUUUGCCUGGUUGGUUCGAGCAGCAUUGUUGGGAUUUUGGCAUUCCGAAGCAUCGAUGGGGCUUCCUUUCCGAAGUCUCGCGAUGCUAGUGGUUCUGAUAUGGUUAUCACGGCUGGCUUAUAUCUCGGCACAGUUGGCUAGUGGCCCUCUCGAUGUGCUUCUUCAAGAUUAUGCUUUCAGGGCCUUUGUUCAUCCCAAGACUGGAGUUCCCUAUGAUGCACAGGUUCCUUCGAAUUUGACUGGAAUUCAGAUUGCAGCUUUGAGGCUCAGGAGUGGAAGCUUGUACAGGAGAGGUGUAGUGUACAAAGAGUUUGAGUUCCCAAAGGGAGUCGAUGAGACUCCAUAUGCGGAGAGGCUUGUCCUGGUGUACCAGAACUUAGGCAAUUGGUCAAUGGCGUAUUAUCCAUUACCAGGACAUUCUUACUUAGCUCCAGUGUUGGGUCUCCUUGCUUAUGAUGCUAUUGAUUUAUCAGCAAAAAAUUUACCAUACUUGGAUAUCAAGGCAGGUGAUAAUCCCAUAAAAAUCAAAUUUCAGGAUGUGAAACCACACCCUGAUGGCUCUGUGGUGAAGUGUGUUACUUUUAAUUUGGAUGGUACUAUCGAUUUCAGUGAUGUCGGAUCAGGCAAUACAUGUUCAGCAGUCCAACAGGGGCACUUCUCUAUUGUGGUCGAGUUCGUUGCUCCUGCUCCAUCACCGGUCACCUCUAUUACUCCCCCGAGUCCUGCUCCUGGUGGUCGAGGAAAGAAGAAGAGUAAUUCAAAAACAUGGAUAAUUGUUGGGUCUGUGCUCGGUGGAUUAGCAUUGUUGGCGUUGUUGGCAUUCCUGGUACUCUGGGUGCGCAAAUGCAGGGAAAGAAAACAUUUGGAAGAGAUGGAGAAGGCUGCAGAUUUAGGAGAAGCUUUGCAUAUGACAACAGUUGGAGAUACAAAAGCACCUUCAGCGACGGUUACUCGAACACAACCUACAAUUGAGCAUGACUACGUGCCUUGACUUUGCCACCCCAUCUGUACAAGCUUCAUGCCCUUUCCAAAACUUCAAUUCCUGUGGAUCACACACCCUCCUUGCUGUUUCUGCCUAGAUUCUUUUGUUUCACUGUGAGUACAAUAGAAUUUUUGUGUAAAUCUGUUAUCACUCACCAAUAGUUUACUAUGAUUCAUUGUGGUGUUAAGUUUAGCACA